AUGCGCCGAUUCCUGUCUCUCCUUUGGCUUUCGUUGCUUUCCUUUUUCACAUUUUCUGCCCCGGUUUCCGCAACCGAUUCCGAUUACCAUGAGCAACUGAACUUGAGGCCACUGCCUCUAUCUUCGCUGCUCGCGAGUUUCAAUUUUCGCUCCAACACGACCCUCUCCGAGUUCGAAAAGGGGAAUUUCCGCUUCUUCCCCCGGUCCCUCGCACAAAUCCUACAACAUGCCGGUACACGCGAGCUACACUUGAGGUUCAGCCUGGGGCGAUGGGAUGCGGAGACUUGGGGUGCUCGGCCAUGGAAUGGGGCGCGCGAGGGCGGGACGGGCGUUGAGCUGUGGGCAUGGCUAGAGGCGGAUACAAACGAGGAGGCUGACCACAAAUGGCUGACCCUGACGAACGCUUUGUCCGGUCUCUUUUGCGCCUCGCUUAACUUUAUCGAUGGUACCCGGACGACCCGGCCCGUGAUGUCGUUCCAGCCCGAAGGCGAUCAUUCCGCAGUCGACAACAUGCAACUGCUUUACGGUGUCCUGCCACACGAGGUCGUUUGUACCGAGAACUUGACCCCUUUCCUAAAGCUCUUGCCGUGCAAGGGCAAAGCCGGCAUUGCAACCCUCCUAGAUGGACACAAACUGUUUGAUUCGUCGUGGCAGAGCAUGGCCAUUGAUAUUCGGCCCAUCUGCCCAGCUGGUGGAGAGUGUGUACUUCAAAUUGAGCAGACGAUCGAUAUGGUGCUGGAUAUUGACAGGUCGAAACGGCCAAGGGGUAACCCUAUCCCGAGACCCCCUCCUAGCGAGCAAUUGCCUUGUGAUGCUUCCAAGCCCUACAAUUCGCACGACACUUGCUUCCCUGUAGACCACACCAACCAAGAGUGGACACUUUCCCAGAUCUUCGGCAAGACGGUCAAGGGAACCUGUCCCCUCGCGGACGAGGCUGUCCCACCCGUCUGCCUCCAGGUCCACCAUUCCCGCAGCGUCUUCGUUUCCAAGGAUGUGCACGAAAAGAAGAACCCCGACGGCCUCUCUCGCUGCUUCCACAUCUCACCCGAGACCGACAUGGAGCUCAUGCUCCCGCGCCCCGACGACGCCGAGGCUGCCUCCUCGUCCACAAGCAUCAUCGCCGCCGAAACCCCUCUACUCUACGCCGAGCGCAGCUUCACCGGCCACGGCCAAGAACGCGGUGGUGUGCAAACCAUCCUGCGCAACCCCAGCCCCGACACAGAGGUGGAAUUCAUCUAUAUGGAGUCCCUCCCCUGGUUCAUGCGCAUCUACCUGCAUACCAUGGAAGCCCGCAUUGCCAGCCAACAGCCCCACACCAACGCCUCCUCCUCGGCUUCGUCUUACUCUUCUCUCAUCGAGCAAGUCUACUACCGCCCCGCCCUCGACCGCGCCCGCGGCACUCAACUUGAAGUCCGCAUGCGCGUUCCCCCAGCCUCCACCGUCUUCCUCACCUACGACUUUGAGAAGUCCAUCCUCCGAUACACCGAGUACCCACCAGACGCAAACCGUGGGUUCGACGUUGCUGCUGCUGUCAUCACCAUUCUUGACCCCACCACGCAGGGGCAAGAAGCUGGCGGAAAGGAGUUAGCAGCGGCGUAUACCCUGCGUACUACUUCGCUUCUGUGCAGCUUGCCAACUCCAGAUUUCAGUAUGCCGUAUAACGUGAUCAUCUUCACGUCCACUGCGAUAGCCCUGGCUUUUGGGGGCAUGUUCAAUAUCCUGGUGAGGCGGUUUGUGGCUGCGGAUGAGGGGCCGGAGGCAGGGCUGAAGGUGUUGAUUGCGAAGCUGAAGGCACGGGUGAAGGGUGUCAAAGGGUGA